CGGCCUCUUGAGCGUGUCGCGAUGGACCUAGCCGGUCCGUUCGGCCAAUCCAGCGGCGGUGCCAAGUACGUGAUGCAGACCCUGGACCACCAUACCAACUACGGAUGGAUUUGCUUUCUGCGGGAGAGGAGCGGUACAAACGUGGUUGCGGCCUUUCGUGCGUGGUAUGCCUCCAUCAAAUCGCUCUUGGCUACUCACGGGGGGCUGGGCUGUGUUCUGACCGACAACGGCACGGAGUGGGUCAACGCGGAGUUUCGGGGGCUGCUGGCGGAGCUGAACAUUACGCGGGAGCUCACGGCGGUCGACGGGCCCAAGAGCAACGGUCGUGUGGAGCGGAGGAUUGCACUAGUGAUGGAGGGGGGCAAGGCUGCGUUUCUGGAGUUCCCGAAGCUUUUCCCCGGAGUUAUGUUCCCGACCAAGGCGCUGUCCUUCCGGGCCAUCUGGCCCGAGGCCUUCGCGUGGAUGAACGACUCUCUGAACAUCGCAGCGGAGCGAGGGACGAACGUCAUCUCCGCCAAGUGGGUGUAUUCACGGAAGGGAGACGAGUUUGGGUAUGCUGUGCGUGCUAAGGCUAGGUUGGUAGCCCGUGGGUUUGCGCAGCGUGAGGGUGUUGACUUCUUUGAGACUUUCUCCCCGUGUCCUUCCAUCACGAGCAUUCGAUUGCUAGCCGCCAUUGCCUGUGUGUUAGAUUGGGACUUGUGCCAUUUCGAUGCCGAGCAAGCCUUUGUCCAAUCAGAACUGGAUGAGGUUGUGUUCAUUCGUCUUCACCCUGGGUGCGGUGCGCUUUCCGGUAAGGUCGUACGAUUGAGACGGAGUCUAUACGGUCUGAAGCAGGCGUCCCGCACAUGGCAUCAUCACUUGACUUCGUGA